AUGCUGUCGAAUAGUCAAUAUUGUAAUACAAUACUGUCAUCUGAUUUUGAGGAUUUAUUUUCAUCAGUUGUUGAUUUUAUUUCUGAUGACGAAAAUAAAGAUGAUUUGAAUCUAAAUAAUGAUGUGAUCUUAAACGAAAUAGAUUCGUCAUAUGAGAAUGACCCAUAUCAAGUACAAAUAUUACCAACACAAGCUCUUACAUCUAAUAUGAUCUGUCGUGUUUGUGGUGGUCCAGCAAUUGGCUAUAAUUUCGAUCAAAUUACUUGUGAAUCAUGCAAAGCAUUUUUUCGUCGAAAUGCCUUACGAAAUAUGACUGAGGUAAAAUGUCGGUAUUCUGGUACAUGCGUUAUCAAUGUUAAAACACGUCGUCAAUGUACCUAUUGUCGAUUAAAAAAAUGUUUUGAUAUUAAAAUGCGUAAAGAUUGGAUUCGUACGGAAGAAGAAACAAAAAUAAGACAAUUACAAAAAAUAAUCAGAGAGGAAAUGAAAUUAAAUAAAGUAAAAUAUGAUUUACAACCAGUUAUGAAUCUUCCAUUAGUUGUACGAAAGAAAAAACGUCUAAUGUGGAAACAAGCGCCUCUUGUUAAUCCAAUAUUUAAUGGAAAAUAUUUUAGUUGUAAUCGAAAUUUAUGUUAUGAAGAUCAAACUUUAUUAAAUAAUAUUACUAAUGCUUAUCAUUCAGGAGCUGAUUAUGCUGAUUAUUCACAUAUUAAGACAUACACAAGAUUUACACCUUUUUCACAAUUUAUUAACGAUGAAAAUGUUGUAUAUAGUUCAUUAAUUUAUUAUUAUAAAGGCAUACCUGAAUUUAAGCAAUUAGAUAUCGAUGAUCAAGUUUUAUUAAUAAAAUCGAAUAUUGUUAAACUUAUACAUCUACAUUAUAUAGUAAUACAAAACUUUGAAGAUUUUCCUUGUAUUGGUGAACAUAUGUCAAAGUGGAUCAAUGCCGAUUUUCAUAAUCAAAUGUAUCGAACACGUUGUUAUUUUUAUCGUUUUAUGAAACACCCAUUAUUAUUAAAAUUAAUAUUAAUUGUUUUUAUGUUCAGUGUUAAUUUAUCAGCUCCAUGUAGUAUUAAUCAAUGUAGUGGAUAUAAAAAUAUAAAAAAAUUAUAUGAAUGUCAAAAUUAUUAUAUAAUGUUACUUUGGCGUUAUUUAAAUCAUUUAUUCGAAGAAAAAGAAGUGAUAAAAGCCAUGGAAAUAAUCGUGACACAAAUCCUACGUUAUCAAGUGUUAAUGCUUACUAUUGAAGAUCGUGUACGACAAACAUCAAAAUAUGAAAAAAUACAUUCGUUAAUGGAAUCUAUCUUUAGAGUUAGUUAA